UUGGUGCACAUUGAAUCGCGUGUUGUUUCUUUCACUGGUCCAAGUUUGUUUUUCCACCGCGUGUUUCUCGCUACUAGUCCACCACGAGUGACAACAUGUCAGAGUCCACCACCCACGUGCCGCCAGAGACGCCGCCCCUCCGCCGCCGUAACUCCAUCACCGCUCAAUCGGCGAACAAACUCUACCUCCCCGCAACGCCACCACUGCGCACGACGAGCCUGGAGCUGGUCUCCUUGAAACCCCCUUCCUCCGCCUCCUACACGUCCCUCAGAGACAUCCUCCCUCCGCCCAACGCCGCCGUCUACUCCCCCACCGCCUCCGCCUACUCCGGCCAAGAGAUUUCCAUCCGCAACCGCCUCGUCAAGCAGGCAGCCUGGGCCUACCUCCAGCCCAUGUCCGCUUCCUCCGGCGACUCCUCCACCCCCCACUUCCUCCGCCGCCUCUCCGCCGCCUUCCUCGGCUUCCUCUGCCACCACCUCGUUCCCGUUGUUACCCAAUUUUUCCGUCGAUUGUUCCACGCGCUCAGGCUCCACGUGUGCACGCGAUGCUAUUCUUGACAAUCCACAACUAUAUUUAUAAUAAUAGUCCCUGCAAGUCCUUCACUUUGUGUUCGAUAUGCUAUGCUGUUCCUUAGUAUGCUAUGUACCUCGUAUUUUUUUUUUUUUUUUUUUAUACCUUUGCGUUUGCCUCUUAAUUGUUGUGGCCUCAAGCUCAAAGUAGGAAUGAAUGAAUAAAUGAAUGAAUAAUCGAUUAAAGUGUUUCAAAAGUAAGGGGGACAAAAAACAAAGCAUUCUUUAUAUUACAAGAAGAAUAAGACUAAUGGGGUUGACGUAAGAAUGUACAAGAAUGUUAUGCUACACUUCUGUAGUGAAAUUUGCUUUAUUUAAAGCGCCUCGUGGUCUGGUUCCGGUUCCCAUCAGUUCCACUUCUUGUUCUUGCGGCCUGGGAAUUCGUUUUCGUUAUCAAAUAAAGAGGCUCGAAGUGAAGACAAUGGUGGGGCACUUGGAGUUGGACCAAGCUCGUCUUUUUUCUGCAAUGUAACACCAUCUUUCAGUAACAAUACUACUGCUAGCUGUAGAGAUAUAUGUAAUUUACUAAAUGGAGAACAAUUUUGUUGCACUUGUGAA